AUGAAGGAAAAUUCUUCAAUGCCAUCUGAUAUCCUGGAGAUCCAAGGACUUGAAAUAUCUCCAGAGUACAUAUACCCUCUGUUUUUCUUACUUUUGUUUGUAUACUCGACUCUGCUCUUUUCUAACAUCGGCGUUCUCACACUUAUCAUAAAGGAAAAGAGUUUGCACCAGCCCAUGUACUUCCUCUUCUGUAACCUGUCUGUGAAUGACCUGAUCGGCAACACAGUCCUGCUGCCUCAGCUUAUGGCUCAUGUCCUUUCCACCAAACGUUUCAUCACCUACAACCAGUGUUUGCUUCAAGCUUUUCACAGCCACACCUUUGGAUCUGCAUCGCACAUGAUUCUUGUUAUCAUGGCUAUCGACAGAUAUGUGGCAAUCUGCCACCCUUUGAGGUACAGCUCCAUCAUGACUAAUAAAGCUGUGAUCGGCCUGUCUGCCACUGCCUGGGGCGUUUCCUUACUGCUAGUGUCUGUGCUCUUAGGUCUCACAGGCAAGCUGUCCCGCUGCAGAUCAGUUAUACAAACUGCCUUCUGUGACAAUCCAUCACUGUUCAAGCUUUCUUGUGAGGACGUGUCCAUUAAUAACAUAUAUGGACUGUUUAUUACAGUGCUGCUGUUUACUUGUUCGAUUACAGGCAUCACUGCUACUUACAUCAGAAUAGCUCUCAUAUGCUGGAUGAAGAAAAACAAGGAGAUGAAUAACCGAGCGCUUCAAACCUGCUCAAGCCACCUCAUUCUUUAUCUGAUUAUGCUUUGGUCAGGGUUCCUAACUAUUAUAUUGCAUCGAUUUCCAGAUUAUCCAGACUUAAGGAAGCUUGCAUACAUUUUAUUUCAUGUCGUGCCUGCCAAUUUAAAUCCUGUUAUUUAUGGACUACAAACAAGAUCAUUACGAGAUAAGAUUAUUCAAAUACUCAAUAGAAAAACUAUCAUUUCCACCUAG